UAAUAGUACGAGGAAACGUUGCAAAUUUCUAGUUUUUAAUGUAUUCUAGGUAUUGAAAAUUUUUGAGAAAAACAUUUAUACCUAGUUGUAAAAGAUGUAGGUGUUAGUAGAUGCAAUCUAUAAGAAAGUAUAACAUGUAGGAAGUAAACUUUCUUUUUCGCAAACCACGAAUAUUAAAAUCUCCUUUAUGAAAAUUCGUAACUGUUCCUAACUUAUCUAUUUAAUUCGGAGCCAAUAAAGGCCGAACGAAUCCAUCUGGAUUAAAAACGAAUUCUCAGACGUCUCCUCGUAGAUUAGCAGCAAGAAAACCAGGUCGUCGGCGAUUAGUCACAGUUGCAAUUCGACGGGGAAAAUCACGUGAUUGGAGACACUCUUACUUUCUUUUUCCGAUUUCUUAAGCGGUUUUUAUAAAAUCAAAAGUCCACCUGGUGCUCCGGUAAUCCGCCUUGACUUUCCCGCCCGCAAUGAGAAACGCGACCGUAUCGUUGUUGUCGUUGUCGCUUUUGGCGAUCGUCUUCGCCGUGGCCAAUGGCCAGAACAAGUACACCACCAAAUACGAUAACGUAGACGUGGAUAAGAUUCUGAAAAACGAGAGGGUGCUGACCAAUUACAUCAAAUGCAUGCUGGACGAGGGACCGUGCACGGCCGAGGGACGAGAACUGAAAAGGACACUUCCUGACGCUCUCUCUUCAGGAUGCACGAAAUGCAAUGAGAAACAAAAGGAUACCGCUGAGAAAGUGAUCAGACAUUUGAUGGCCAAAAAGGAGAAAGAAUGGGAAAGGCUGGCUAAAAAAUACGAUCCGCAGGGGCUAUACAAGAAGCGAUACGAAGCGGAAAUCGAAAAUGACAAGACAAAUGGAUCGAAUUGAUGUAUUUUUUAACGUUGUUUUAAGUUUUUUUUGUAUUAAGUAAUUUAAGAUGUUAUGUAGGUAUAUGUA